AUGACUUGUUGGGCUAUCUGGAAAGUAAGAAAUGAUGUGGUGUGGAAGGGGAAAAUCCCUAGAGUGGCUACUGUGCAUCAUUUGGCCACAAGCAUGUUGGAGCAAUGGACUAGAGCUCAGAAUAAGGUUGAAACCCCAACUGCUGCCUAUUUGACUAAGGAGGAUGGAGUUGAGAAAUGGAGAUUGCCGGCAGAAGGAGUAGUUAAAGUCAAUGUUGAUGCAGCGCUUUUUUCAGAGAUCCCUGCAUUCAUCUAUGCCUGUGUGGCUAGGGAUAGUCAUGGCCAUGUUCUUGAGGCCAUCACAUGCUGUAGACAGGGAGUGGUAUCUCCAGAGAUGGCAGAGGCCAUGGGUGUGAGGGAAGCCCUUAGUUGGAUAAAGAGGAAAAAUUGGAACCAUGUGCUCAUUGAGACAGAUUGUCUCACUGUGAUUCAGGCAUUACGGAGUAGAGUAAAAAUGGACUCUUAUUUUGGGUCAGUAAUAUCUGAAUGUAAGAGUCUGUGGUCUGCUUUAAAUUUAGUUGAUUUGUUAUUUGUCAAACGAUCAGCGAACAAUGUAGCUCAUGCUAUUGGUCGAGCUUCUUGUUCUGUUGCUGAUCGUGCUUUCAGGAGUGAUGAUUUCUCUCCUGCUAUUUGUGAUGUAAUAUUGAAGGAUAUUUGCUAA